CAUUUCAAUAAAGUUUUUGUGCGUGGGCGAUGUGCGUGCUUUAGUUUUGGAAAUUCUCAAGAAAAGAUUCGCGUUGCAUUCACAACAAUUGAAAGGGAACAUGUUCUUGUGCCCAGUUCAGCCAGCUCUGGAAAGGUAGUUGGAUAUGACGAGGACCAUCGAUGGGGCGCCAGAGGAAUAGCAAACAAUCUGCAUUUUCGCUGUUUGUACAAGAAUGGCGCAAACUGAGAGCAAACAAUCUGCAGUGGAAGGAGUGCAUCCAUUUGGCCGGACCGGCGUGGCAGAAAAUGAGUCCAGAGGAACGCCAGCCAUACCGCGACGCAGCUCGUCAACUCAAAGCAGGCACAGUUCCCAGUGCACAGUUGCAGAGAGACGCUGACCAGGAACAAAUGCAUAUGGAAGUAGAGAAUAUUGUGCGAUAUAGUGCCCAGCGAGCAGUAUUGGAAACCCAAAGCUAUUACUUUAUUAUGGUUAAUUACUUCACAAAAGACAGCUAUACGCCCGCGGAACUGGCCGUUGUCCAGUUCACUCUGAAGCAUGGCAUGCGGAAUAUAUAUCAUACCCUGAUCAAUCCUGGCUCCACUGUCCAUGAAUCACAAUAUGAGACCCAGGAGCAUGUGAAGGCCACGCAUCAGUUGCCGCUUCCACCUAAUGCUUUGGGUAAUGACGACUUGGACGGUAUUCUGGCAGAUUUGCUUAAGUUCGUACGAUUGGAAUGUGGACCUGAGGCUGAACUUUCGCCCAUGUUUACUUUGGAAAGCCAAAUAUCAGUUGUCAACAAUGCCCUUAAGUUUCUUAAUGGUGGCGUGGCUAGCCAGCUCAGCGUCUACCCCAUAGAAUAUCUUUUCUAUGUAUUGAAGAAAGCGACGUGUGAGGCUGGCAUGUUGCCGCCUCCAGCAUCCAUUCACAUCACUACUGCCCAAUUCAAUCUGGAUCCGCAUGAAUUUCUAUCGGACAUCGGCUGCGAAUUCCACCAGCAGCGCGAUCUUACGGCGCAUUGCUCCAAAUCGUAUGUUACGCGCUGGGCCUUCGCUUUUGCUGGUUACAUGUGCUCUGAAUUGGCUAUAAAAAUGCUUCCAAAUCGUCACAUGCCCAGCCAUACCGAGAACCGUCUAGACAUGGGUCAGCCACCGAACAAUGAUAAGCAGAAAGAUCUUGUGCAAGAAGGUGACCAUAGACGCAGUGAAAACGCUGAGCCAUCAGACGUGACACACAUAAAAAAAGAACCUAUGAUAGAUUAUGAAGAGUUUAUAAAUCCAGAUGCGGUGGAUGCUCUUAAUAGUCUUGAUUUGGAUAACAUUUUUGAAGACGACGAUAGCUGGGGAUUAGAUGCAGCUACUUUAAAGCAUACAAACGUUGGGGAGAAUGACUAUUCCAAAGAUGGAGAAAGUAUUAUGGAUGAUGGUCGUGCAAAGAUCGAAGAUAGGAAUAAGGCGGAUGACUGCGAAAAAGCACCGCCGCCGCCCCCGAGUAUAGCUGAAGACCUCGCAGAGGAUUGGGCCAUAUUUACGCGAAGACCUAAAAAACAACAGACUGAUUGUGAUAGCGAUCAAUUUAGUAUUAAUGAAUUAUCUGUGGAUGAAACAGAUGAGUCCUUCGAAAACAAAUCGGAAGAAAGAGAAUGCCUGAAUUUGCGACCGCAUUCAAAAACCAAGUCCGUGACAGAUGACAGGGAAAGGGAUAGAUUCUAUCGUCGAGAAAUUAACUCGCAAUCACGUUGGCGCUCUAGCUCACGGUCCCGUUCACGGUCCUUGAAUCGCGAUAGUCGAUGCCAUCGACGAAUUUCCUCGCCUAGAAGAAACGCUCGUGGGCGAUCUCGUUCUUCAAGUCGCACAAUCUGGGACCGAAAUGCUUCACGUGACAACGUGAGUCGCAUGCCCUCACGUAGUCCACGAAGAGUAAAGUAUGAGAGAAAACAAGAAUGGCGCAAAAGAGAAACCAGCGGGCACAAAAUGGAGCUGUCACCCUCCAGAUCAAAGCCACAUUCAAAGAGCGUUACCUUAAAAUAUUCCAGAAGCGGCAGUGGCGGCAGUAAAAAGGCAAUAUUAUCACCAAGGACCUCACAUAAAGGCGAUGUUAAAGACUUAAGCAAAAAACCAUAUACUCGAGAUUGUUCUCCAGACGUUUCCCCUCCAAAAUAUCGAGGUGCAUUGAAUGACUCCAAGGAGAGACUUGAUCAUCGAAAACCGACGCACAACCACAAAAAUGUACAAAAAGGCUUGGUUCCACUUAAUGAAGCUCCUGGUAAAUCAGCUAUAACAAAUGUGGAGCUUUCAAGACCAGUCUCAGAAAAUGUGGAGUUUUCCAAAACGGUUUCUUCAAUUUCUGCGGUUUCGAGACGUUUUUCGCGAAUGCUGCCUGCUUACAACAGCCAUGCCGUCGGGGAAGGGAGCUCUCAUCCAAUUCCAUCCCAUAUUCCAGCUUUUGCCGUUCACACCACGUACAACAGCUACCAUAAUGGACCUGAACCCGGAUCCUACUAUCAAUUACAGGAACCCAUGAGCUUCCAGCAAGCGCAAUACCAACUACACCAACACCGUUUGGAAAUAGCGAAGUUCAAUUACUUGCCAGAGAAUGACUUGCGGCAUCGCAUACCAGGCCGUAGCGAAUUCCCAAGUCAGAUGGUCAAUUAUUCGCGGGAACAGCACUUUGCCUAUCAGUACCAAGCAUCAGCCUGGGGAUGUCAUAGCUUGAUCCCAUGGCAUGGUGGAUACGGAAGCUAUUUACCCAAUAACUACUAUUAAGUGUAUUAAAUAACUUAGCAUGUAGUGUACAUUUUGCUCAGAAACUAAGAGCCUAUAGAAUUGUUUUUAAAGAGAGCUAUGCUUCAGUGAGAAUAAUGAGCAUUCUGGUAUUGAUUUCACAAAUGAAAAAAGAUAAGAUAGGGUUUUAAGUAUAAGAGGGGGACGAGUUUAAGUUAAGUCAAAAGAGUGUAGCUUUAAGUAUACCCUGUACCCAUUGAAAGUGGGUAUGACGCGUAUGAAGCGUGUAUUAAAAGGAAGUGAUUUAAAGUGUGAUUUAAAAUGAAGAUUUUGAUCACACAUUUUUAUUCCUUGUUAUUUCUAUUCGAGUAAUAUCAUAAGAAAGUGUAUACAAUUCCUUGCUCUUCUUGGAAGAGAAGGGGUCAUCCAUCAUUGAGAUCCAGAUUGCCUUUAGGCAGCCCUUUUGCUAGUUCUCUAUGAAGCUGAUUCCUAUUCAUACCCCAAUCGUUCCUAGAAAGCUAUUCCAAUGCUGGCAAGAUUUCUUUUGUGUGUUGGAACCAGGCUUGUUAAUUCUGGGAAAGAUCGCUUAAACUCUAAGGAAAAACUUAACAAAUAAAUUCUUGUUGAAUUGCAGCACUUUUUAUGACAAUCAAUACAAUGACAAUCACUUAAUAAAGAUACUUUAUUCUCAUACUUCAAUUUUCUAACAAUUCGUACUUAAUUUAAAAUUGAAUUUCUCCAGAGCCUUA